AUGCGUUCUCGCUUUCUAGGUAUCCUGUUAAAGCUUCAGGCGUUGUGGGAUGCAGCGGAAGGUGGCCAAGCGGGUCCAACAGAGCCCCCAACGGGUCUAGCUAAUCUAACCCUGAUGAACAAUCAAGGGAUUUACACGGUAUGGGUUGCUGUUGGGACCCCACCCCAACUUCAAGAAUGUCUCGUGGACAUGACAAGCAGCGACUCGUACUUUAUCUCCAACAAGCUGCAGGACUGCUCUAGGGCCCCCAAAACGUGUGCUUUUGUGUUCGAAGAAAAUAUGUCCUCCACACUGUAUUACUAUCCUUCCACCUUCCCAAGCUUUGUUUCUACAGCCGCGAAUUUUACAGGCUCAUUUGCCUCGGACAAUGUACUGUUAGGCAUAGACGUUUUACCUAAUGGAGUCGAAUGGGAUGGUGGCUACUCUCUUACCAAUACCACAUUUGGUUUGGCUCAAAAUGGAACCGGGUACGGAACAGACGCGUGUGUUGUGGGGUUGGGCUUAAAAAACGGAGAGUCCUGUGUUACCACAAUGGAAAACGGCGAGGUGAGUCCUGUCUACGACAAUUUGCCGAUUGCAAUGAAAAACCAAGGGUUUGUUAAUCGAGCCUCCUACUCAGUCUACCUGAAUACCUGGACCUCGAAAACAGGAUUUGUUUUAUUUGGAGGUAUCGACCAUGCGAAAUACCAUGGAAACUUGUCGAUUGUGCCCCUAGUCGAUUAUGCUGUCGAUGCGAGUUUAGGGACGAAACUGGUGGGAAACCCUACCGAUUUCCAAGUAGUGCUGAAUGGUAUCUCCGUGUCCGACGGAAACAGAACCGUUCCGAUUGCAUCUAUGAACUUCGCUGUUAGUCUUUCGCUAGGAAACACGCUUACCACGCUGCCUGCAAGCGUUGUCAAGCCGUUGGCAAAAGUACUGGGGUUAGCAUCCGUCUACGAGGAACUCGAGUACGUUUUCCCCUGUGAUCGUGAAGCAUCAAUUGUAUUCGAUCUUAGUGGGGUAGAAAUUGCUGUCCCUUUGAGUGAGUACGCAUACAGCCUGGAUGCAAACAUGACAGAUGGAUCACCAGCUUGCGCAAUGCUCAUGACAGUACAGGAUGAUCCGUUAUGGUGUUUGGGCGAUCCUUUUGUUCGCGCAGCAUAUAUUUAUGUCGAUCUGGAGCUAUUUUUGGCUGCAAUUGCGCCUGUCAAGUAUACAAUCGAAAGUGAUGUCGAAAUGGCAGCCGCGAACGGGUCAAUAUCAGGGGCCCACCCAGCACCACAUUACAAUGCCAGCAAGCUUACCUCGGCAAUUAAUGUGACCGCAGGAAACACUACUUUUUUCCCUAUAGUAGAAAUUUCUGCGGCACCAAAACUCCGGAUCACGUUCUGGGCAAUUUUUAGCUCUAUCCUAUUUUUGACACUUUGA